AUGACAUAUCUUCCUUUUGGUGAUGGACCUCGAAAUUGUAUUGGAAUGCGAUUUGCAUUAUUAGAAGCUAAAGUUGGAAUAGUUAAAGCACUUCGUGCUGUAGAAUUUCAAAAAUGUGAAAAAACAGCAGUUCCACUAGAAUUAGGAAAGUUUGAAAUCAUAAAUAGCAAAAUUGGUGUUUGGCUACGUGUUGUUCGUCGAUCACAAUAG